UUUCCUCUUCCUCUUCUUGUUGCUUCUCAGUUGUUGUUGCUCCUACAUUUCCAAAAGAGAAGAAAGUGCAAGUAAAGCAGCAUGGAGACGGUCGAGAUGGAGAACAAGGACUUUGCUCAUCCCCGAGAAAUCAUUCCGCAGCCAAUAAACCAAGGUGGCAUUGGGAGUUGUUCAGCUGUGGCAACUGGUCAAUGCUUGAGUGCCACGGUGCAAAUGAAGUUUGGAGGGCCGCACAAUCCCGCUAGGCGCCCGAGCGUGCAAGAGCUUAUCGACAAGACACAAGAAGCAUUCCCACAUGAUUGUUAUAGAGCAGUACCAGGCGAGGGUGGCUUUCGCGGAUCUCCCCCCGAAAUUUACUUCAAGUACAUCAAGCAGCGUGGAGUUGCAGUGGAGGCUAACCACCCCUAUUGCGGCCAACGAACUUCGACACCAACUCCACCUGAUUCCCCUCGUAUUAGGUUUCAGGACUAUACGGUUAAGAGGAGAAGGCAGCCAGGGACGGAUUCCCCGGAUUUCGAUAUUCAGCCCAUCAUUCGCGAACAGCCGAUUGUCGGGGUUUUAACAGCAUAUGAAUCUCUCGGUCCACAUAGGGAGGGUGUUUAUCAAGGAGCCAAAGAUGAAGAUGAUGCAAAAACUGCUGGGGGGCAUGCAGUUGUCAUUUUUGGAUAUGGAACUGAAAACUGUCAAGAUUAUUAUUGGAUCCAGAAUACCUGGGGACCUGAAUGGGGGGAUAAUGGAAUUGCCAAAGUCUCAGCACAUCUCUUCAUCUAUUUUGUCUAUCCAGACCUGGAGGGUAUCUCCAUUCAGGAACCUAGAGAGGGGAGCGCAUGAGGAGAAUCGCAAGAUGAAGAGCUCAAAUGGAUCUUCUUUUCUAUUUUUGUGGUUGACGGACUUGUUCUGGUAACUUGUAUGUCCUGGUACCUUGAGAGGGGAACUCAUUUUCUGUUGUUGCAAUUUGUAUGUUGCUAAUGCCCAUUCCACUUUCAAGAA